AUGCUUAUUCGACAGAGUUUUCUUCUUUUAAUCAGCAUUAUAAUUGUUUUUAUCAAUGCAAAACCACUAGAUUUCCAAGAUUCGUUUGGAAACGAGGGUGAUGAUGAUGAUGCUUAUUACGAUGGUGAUCAAAAUGGUGCCGUUCGUGUCAAUCUCUUUCAAACACUCGAUUGUUCAAUUCAAUGUCCACCAUAUUGGAUUGAGCCUGUUGUACAGCAGAGGCAAACAUUAGUCUAUCCAACAUCCGCGUCGGUUUCGUUGAAAUGUCCAUAUGAUGCGAAGCCGAAAGCGAAGAUCACAUGGUUCAAAGACGGACAACUUUUCCUACCAGAACUUUACGAACUGUUUUCAAUCGAUCAUCAAUUUUUGAAUAUCUCAAAAGCAACGAUGUACGAAGCAGGUCUCUACACGUGCGUGGUCGAGAAUAGUUUGGGAAAUAUUAGUCGAUCAUUUCAAUUGAUUGUCCAAGGACGUAGUCUCGAUCGACCAGUCUUUAUUUCUAAAUCGAGCAAUUUAACAAAAUAUGAAGGUGACAAUGUCACAUUCGAAUGUCUAUUCUAUUCCGACUCGAGUCCGUUCGUUCAAUGGUUUGUCCAACGGCAAGCGAUAAAGCAAGGAAGUCAAACGUAUCAACACAAUGAAUUAGAAUUCAUAAAGGAAUACAAUCCACAUACGAUGUCUGAAGACGAAGUCAAAUUAUUAAGCAUUCAACGCUUAGAACGCAACGAUUCGGGCACAUAUCUUUGCCGGGUGUUGAACGAAUACGGUUAUACUGAUUUACUUCAUUAUCUGCACAUUUUACCUGCUUCGGAACGGCCUUCAUUACUGAAAGGCGUUUCAGCAACUAAACGGCAUCAUAUUUACAAUCGAUUUCCUGAUGAAAUUAUAAUAACUAUCGUUUGCGUGAUUGGCAUAUUACUAUUUGCUUUCAUAUUUUUCCUUAUUUAUCAUUUUCGAAAUGAGAAAAGCCUACGUCAAACGCUCCUGGCAACGCGUAUACUAGCAACACGAGGUAUUAACAAUUUAAAAUCAAAUCAACUCUAUCGAAGUGACAUCGAUCCGAAGACAAAACGAUCAUUGAUUGAUGAUGGUUGUCGUCGAUUUCCAACCGAAGGAACUAUUUCAACUAUUAUCUCGUCAUACUAUGACGAUCAAUGCGAAUUUAUUCGAGAAAAUUUGACUGUUGGCCAUCUGAUUGGCAAAGGAGCGUUUGGUUUUGUUUAUCAAGGUAUUGCAAAAGGUAUUAGCCCAAAAGAAAAAGUAACAACCGUCGCAAUAAAAACUGUUCAAGAUGAUGCAUCACCUGAAGAAAUCGAAAACUUACUUAAAGAACUGUCCGUUAUGAAGAUGGUUGGUAAACAUGUGAAUAUAAUCUCUCUACUCGGUUGUUGCACGAAAGGAGAUCAAGUCAUGUUAAUUGUCGAAUAUGCGAAACACGGCAAUUUACGUGAUUAUUUACGUCGCAAACGUCCUCCUGGUCAUGUUCUUUCAGGCUCAUACGAAGGACCAUCGGAUACAGAUUCGAACGAGCCAAGUCACACCAUCAACGACGACGAUGCUGCACGUCCAUUAACUACUGUUGAUCUACUUCUAUUCUGUUUUCAAACAGCUUCAGGAAUGGAAUAUUUACAUUCGAAAAAAUGUAUUCAUCGUGAUUUGGCUGCUCGAAAUGUUCUCCUGGCGGAAAAUCGUAUUUGUAAAAUAGCUGAUUUUGGUUUGGCAAGAGAUUUAACACAAUUAUACUACUAUCGAAAACAAACGGAUGGUCGAGUGCCAGUCAAAUGGAUGAGUCCCGAAGCAUUGUUCGAUCGUAAAUUCUCGACUAAAAGCGAUGUUUGGUCAUAUUCGAUCUUGGUAUGGGAAAUCAUGACGUACGGUGGCACACCGUACCCGUCCAUUGCAGCAGAGAAAUUAUUCGAUUACUUGCGAGAAGGUAACCGUAUGAGUCAACCGAUCAAUUGUCCAAAUGAAAUUUUUCAUUUGGUUGAAUCCUGUUGGACGUUUAAAGAAUCACUACGACCCACAUUCGCACGAAUUUGUGAAAUUCUUCGAGAAUAUAUCUAUGGCUCAUCUCCAGUUGAUUAUUCCGACCUAGAUUAUGUCGAUUUCCCGGAGAUAUCAUCUCCAUCGAUGAGUGAUUUCCCCUCAACAACCAUCUUACCUUUAUCAUCAUCAGGGAUUGCAAGUGAUACGAAUAGUCAUAGUCAUCUAACAACAACAGCAACAUCAUCAUCGUCCUUGUCGUAG